UCAUUUUGGUUUCUUCUCAUUUUUCAUCUGGAAGCCCAGAUUCAUUCCACUGCAGUCGCCCCCCACUCGUCCAGCUGACCACCCGGCCGUCACCUACUCCGGCGAUCCUUACCGCCGGCCCGAUGCCUCCACCAUCACCCCGGCACCGGGCCGGAGACCCCAAACCCACGCCCGCCACCUCGCAUUUCGGCAUGGUCAAGCUCCUCGCCGACCUCCUCCACCACACCGCGCCGUCCGCCUGGCCGCCGGCGCUAGCGGCGCCGCUGCUCCGCAGCCGCCUCGCCCCGGCCCACGUCUCCGCGCUCCUCCUCCUCCCGGCCUCGCUCGCCCGCCCGGACCUCUCCCGCCGCUUCCUCCUCCUCCUGCCUCCCCACCUCGUCUCCCCGCUCUGCCUCUCCCUCCUCGCGCUCUCCUUCAUCUCCGCCCCCGCCUCGCCGUCCCGCUCCCCGCACGCCGCCUCCCUCCUGCUCUCCCUCGCGUCCUCCUCCCCGUCCGCCUCCACCUCCUUCUCCUCCCUCUCCCACGCCUCCUCCCUCUCCCCCUUCCCGCCUGGCGCCACCGCCGCCGCCGCCUCGCUUCUCGCCUCCUCCUACCUCCGCCUCCGCCGCGCCCGCGACGCGGCCGCCGUCCUUCAGCUGUCCCUGGCCGCCGGCAUCACUCCGAACCAGUACACGGCUUCCCACAUUUUGUUCUCCCUUGUCAAGAUUCGUCAGUUCACCCUUGCCCGUGCCCUGUUCGAUGAAAUGCUUCAGUCUGGUGCUCGCCUUGAUGAGCAUGUUUACACGGCUGGGAUUCGGGCUUACUGCGAGGCCAGAAAUCUUGACGGCGCCAAGGGGCUUCUGGCAAGGAUGCAUCAUGAGGGGGUCAAGGUCAGCGUGGUGCCGUACAAUGUAUUGAUUUAUGGAUUGUGCAGGAAUCAUCGCAUUCAGGAGGCAGUGGAGGUAAAGAACAGCAUGGUGGCCAGAGGAAUCAAAGCUGAUGAAGUGACUUACCGUACGCUCGUGUAUGGGUUUUGCCGGGCGGAGGAGCUGGAAAUGGCAUUGAGAAUGACAUAUGACAUGGCCAGGCUGGGGUUUGUGCCGUCAGAGGCCAAUUGCUCAUUUAUGCUUGAUGGGCUACGAAAGAGGGGGAAGGUUCAGGAGGCUUUCAGCUUAGCUUGUCAGUUGGGCGAGUUGGGCAUGGUGCCCAACAUAUUUGCAUAUAAUGCAUUGCUUGAUAACCUGUGCAAGAGCGGUAUGUUUUGCGAGGCAGAUCGGCUUUUCAGUGAGAUGGUAGACAGGGGUCUGGAGCCAAAUGAGGUGACUUAUCCUAUAUUGAUACAUUCACUUUCGAAAAGGGGGAUGAUGGAGGAUGCACUUGACAUGUUCGAUAGGAUGAGGGACAAGGGUGUCAGAGUGACAGUUUAUCCGUACAAUUCCUUGAUUAAUGGUUGCUGCAAACAGGAUGAUUUAGACAGGGCGAUGGGGUUCCUGAGUGAGAUGACUGACAUUGGAGUGACACCAAAUGCAGCUUCAUAUUGUCCACUAAUUGCUGGUUUCUGUAGAAAAGGGGAUCUGUCCAGUGCCAUGGCAAUCCACCAGGAGAUGGCUGAGAAGGGUGUUGCAUGGAACACUUAUACGUUCACAGCACUUAUCAAUGGUUUGUGCAAGGAUAAAAAGAUGGAUGAAGCUUCUCGGUUGUUUAAUAAGAUGAUUAACAGCAACCUAGUACCAAAUGAAGCAACUUAUAAUGUCAUGAUAGAAGGGUAUUGCCUGGUAGGCAAUAUAAGAAAGGCAUUCCAGUUAUAUGAUCAAAUGGUGGGUAGGGGCCUCACACCUGACAAUUACACAUAUAGACCAUUGUUAAGUGGAUUAUGCUUGACCAGUGGAGCGUCAAAAGCAAAGGAAUUUGUUGCUGACCUAGAAAACAACUGCCCGCUGAACAAAUUUAGCCUAACGACGCUCAUGCAUGGAUUGUGCAGAGAAGGAAGGUUGACCGAAGCAUACCAUGUCUGGAAUGAGAUGGCAAUGCAGGGAGUCAAUCUUGAUCUUGUCAGCUUUACCAUUAUUGUGUAUACAGCCUUGAAACAGCAUGAUACACAAAAAUCAUGCGUGUUAUUGAGGGAGAUGACAGAACGAAGUGUCAGGCUAGACACUGUGUUCCAUACAUGCAUGAUUGAUGUGCACUCAAAAGAAGGAAAUAUGGUCCAAGCUUUAAACUGUUGGGAUAACAUGAUUGCUGAUGGCUGCUUUCCAAAUACCGUCACAUAUACAGUUUUAGUAAAUAACCUCUGCAAGUCAGGGCAUUUGAGCAGCGCAGAGGUCCUCUGUAAAGAAAUGUUAUCCAGUCAGUUCCUUCCUAACAAUUAUACUUAUAAUUGUUUUCUUGAUUGUUUUACAACUGAAGGUAAACUGGAGAAAGCUAAAGAUCUUUAUUUCGCCAUGCUUCGAGGCUCUCUUGCUAACAUAGUGACAGUUAACACAUUGAUCAAGGGGUUAUGUAAGGUUGGGCAGAUUCAAGAAGCAAUUGACCUUAUUAGUAAGUGUACUGAAAAUGGUCUUUUUCCUGAUUGCAUUAGCUAUUCUACAGUAAUACAUGAGCUCUGCAAGAAGGGUGAUACAAAUAAAGCGUUUGAGCUUUGGAAUGAAAUGCUGUACAAGGGAUUGAAGCCUGACAUUGUAGCAUACAAUAUUUUGAUAAGGUGGUGCAAUGUUAAUGGUGAACUUGAGAAGGGUUUGGGAAUAUACAAUGAUAUGAUUAAGAAAGGGGUGCAACCGAACUGGCGCACAUAUAGAGCUCUUUUCUUAGGAACUUCUCUGAUGACCAGCAAGCGAGAUACUAUACUGCUGAACACCUGAUGUUUAGGGUCACCGUUUCCAAUGUUAUCCAUUACCCGAGUAGUCUGACUCACAUCACAUCCAGGAGUGCCCUGAGCAGUUGCUGCAUGGACAAUCUGGGGCUACCAGAAUAUGCAAUUUCUUCUUUCAGUGAUAGGGCGAUGCCUGAGGUUUUGAGCAUAUCAGCGAAAUGGAUGAAUUAGUGAUGGUUGGAGUGGUUGAUGAAUCUGAAGUGUGCAGGACGCAUGCCUUGUUCCACUUUUUUCAUGCUGUGCGGUUGAUGAAUCUGGCCAUGACAUAGUAUAUGUAGCUCCAGCUCCUCAAAAUCUAAGCCCGCCGAUCAUAACCACGGUGUUUUAGUUGCAGUCAUCUGCAUGGAACAUGGUGUCUGUAAUCGUGGUCUGUACACCAAGACCAACCUAAUUUCUGAUGGUGUGAUCAUCUGUACAGACGCCACUUUUCCUAGUUUCUGAUGAUGUGGUCAUCCAUUAGUUAUGGAGCAACUGGGCAAGGAACUAUGCUGGAAGCCUGGAUAAGACAAUUCUGUAAUUGGGAUAUUUUUUCGCUCAUCCUUCUGAAAUGGAAGAAGUUCAAGCAGAUAAUAUAGGCAUCUGUUGUUGAAGUUUCCUUCGUUUGCUCAGGCUGCACAGUUUGUUUGAUGUACAGUAGAUCCAUUACCUGUACAAACUGUGGUGGUCCCUCCAUAUAUAGAAGCAAAGCCAUAAACGUAUCAUGCAUACGCUUCACAGUUUAAUCCUGAGAGCAUUGAUGAUUUCAUAAUUUUUUCUUGGUGUCAGGCUAUCAGCAGCAUCGAGCAAUCUGUUUUUUUUUCUUGUUUGUGAAGCAAAUGUUUCCGACAAUAUGUUGUGAAAGAACUACUCACUUAAUCUUGUCUCUAAGUCAAACCUGUUUAAGUUUGACCAAGUUUAUAGGAAAAAAAACACAUCUACAAUAUUUAUGCAUGUGCCUAGUAUUGAUCCAUUGAUUCUCUGGAUUGAUAGGCCCUUUUUGUGGUGUACAGUAUUUCAAGAUGUUCAUGUAGUCCUAUGUCGUCUAAGCACACUUUGCAGCAAACUGGUGGAUGCUCUUAAGAGCAUGUACAGUACAGAGAAGCGUGGUAAGAGAGAAGUGAUGAGCAGGCCACAAUGGAAGGAUACAUUAGUUGGUGAAUCUGAGUAUGUCGAUGAUCACAGGUCUAGUAUGACAGAUGUGAAGCUGAAUGGAAGAUUGAACAAGUGUAGUGUCAUCAGUCCACGCUUGGACCUUGGAGAUCGAGUCCUGGAGUGCAAGGCUGCUCCCCUUACAUCAGCCGCAUGUCAGUUCGCCCUCGCCCGAGUCCUGGGAUGGAGGGAGUAGGCAUGGCAAGUGGGGAAGGCCAUGGGGCAGCAGCAGUAGUCCACACCGGUGAGACAGAUCAUGGGACCUGAGUGGUGGAAGCUCCUUGUUGCCUUCGAGGUUUUGCCCACCAUCCCUUAUGCAUCGGCCGCUGUUUGAUGGGAGAAGAUGACUAGAGGCAGCGAAAGGAGGGAGAGGGAGGCGCUGAACAAUGUGGCAUAGGUUGAUGGUGAGGACAAUGAAGAGAAAGCGAGCAAUGUGAAGAGGAGGGUGACGAGGGGAGAAAACGAGAAGCUCCAUGUCAUUGCUCUCAAGAUGUGCUUGUCUAUGAAUUUCCGAGCUAUGUAUUAAAUUUGACAUGCAAUUCCACUAUGACUGAAAUAUGCAGGUAUUUGGUUAUUGUAAAUUUUAGUUGUGUUGUACAUAUCUUUAUUUUAGUAGUUCUGAUUAAGCUAUAUUAUUAGCGCCCCAUAAUCUUUAUCUACCUGCGUAUCUGUUAGAAUUGAAAUUGAUUUAUAAAAUAUCACAUCUCCAAUGUAAGUUAUUCA